GUGCGUUAGGUUUAGCAUGCCAGGCGUGCUGGGUGUGUUCGGUUUAACCCGCAGAAGUGUCGGGUGUGAUUGGAUUAACCUACCAGGGGUGCUGCCCACAUUUUUUCCCCCCAGCCAACAGGAAAACCAGAACGAAUGCACUUUCUCCUUUUCAGUCUGAGCCAGAUUGACAGUGCUAUGACCCAAUGAGAAUGGGGGGCCAACAAGGGUAAAAUAGUAGGGGAAGGGUUGUGAAUGUUUUUGUUUUUAAAGCUAAUUGCCUGAAAUUCUACACCUCCCCCCAUCCCCAGUGGCAAUUUCACCUAUGGCAUAACUAGCUACAUAUAUUUUUACCACUUUACACAUGUAUUUUGGGAUUCCACCUCUGUAAACAUCACUUGCGUGAUGACAUGGUAGUGGAUGAGAGUCUAAUUUCUUACAAGCACGUUUGUAUCCACAUCCUCUCCUCGCUGCUUCUCCUCGAUUACCUUUUUAGAAAGAAGGUGAGGAGAGGAUGAGAAGAAUCAAGGAAAUCCAAUUGAGAUUUUCUAUUGAUUUCGUUGAAUUCAGAACACUUUUUCUGGAUAAACUGUAACCCUUUUCUAACACUCUCCACUCCUCAUCCUCCUCCUCAUGUGUGUUUGUCCUCCGGAGGGGAAAGGGUCUGUUGCUUGCUAGGCUGUUAUGGGCAUUGCUGCUUUCACAGCCCCGCCCUUUUCACCAGGGCACCCAAUGGAGAUGCAGACCUAGGGUCCCACCCCGCCCAUCAGGUGAGCUAUAGAAAGACUCCACCAGACUGUCGAGCUCAUAACGGAGUUCAUAACGGACAACUGGCUUUUUUUCUAUUUUUUUCUUCUCUCCUCUACUCUGACCCGAUGGUGUUCAGAUCCCCGCUAGAGCUCUUUCCCGCCCAUCUCCUCCUGCCCCGCAUGCUCUUACCGGAGGAACUCCCUGCUUGCGCACCUGCCUCUGCUCUCCCUGGGCUCCGUUUCUCCGCAGCGCAGGUGGCAGGUGUGUGUGAGACUCUGGAGGAGACCGGGGACGUCGAGCGGCUCGCGCGGUUUCUGUGGUCCCUGCCGGUGGCCCCAGGUGGUGCAUGCUUCAUUACAGAGCAUGAGUCCGUCUGGAGGGCGCGUGCCGUGGUCGCCUUUCACACCGGGAACUACCGCGAACUCUACUGCAUCCUGGAGAACCACAGCUUUAUGCGCCGCGCCUCGCACGGUAAACUACAGGCCAUGUGGCUCGAGGCGCACUACCGGGAGGCUGAGAGGCUGCGCAGGCGGUCGCUGGGCCCGGUGGACAAGUACCGUAUCAGGAAGAAGUUCCCUUUGCCGAGAACCAUCUGGGACGGCGAGACGAACACACACUGCUUCAAGGAGCGGACGCGGGGCCUGCUGCGGGAACGGUACCUCCAGGACCCCUACCCAGACCCCGCGAGGAAAAGGGAGCUGGCGCGCGCCACCGGGCUCACUCCAACACAGGUCGGGAACUGGUUCAAGAACCGGAGACAGAGAGACCGCGCAGCCGCCAACAAGAACAGGCUCGCGCACCACGGGAUGCGACCGGGAGCCAUGCUCGCUCUGGCCAGGACUGAAUGCAGCCCCACCGGAAGUGCAUGCAGCCCGGAGAUGAUCCUCUCGGUAAUGGACAGCGACUCUGACUCUGACAUCUGAAACUCUGCCCAUUGAUAACGGGAUACAUGCUACUAAGGGGCUUGGAUUUCACAGAGAAUUCAUAUGGACAUAUUUAUUUUUGUUAUGUUAUAAGAGUUUGCUGUCUGAAACAGACCUACACGAUAUUUACAAUGUGCAGAACAUCCAUCUCUCUCGUAUCUUUCUUUUGUUCUCUCUUUCUCUCUCUCUUCUGAUGCUUUUCUGACAAUCAUGGUGUUUAGUGCACCUUCCCAGUCUGUUUGUCUAUCUGUAAAUAAAUUAUUCACCUGAUGUCAGGGAAAUUGUACAGAAGGUCCUUUGAAGCACUGUAAAGGCCUGUUUGUUGGUUUAUAAUUGACAAUUAUGUACUUUAUGAAAAUACAUGAAGUUGAUAUAAUUGUUAUGAGUUUAUUUAU